UCUCGAAAGAUCGCCUGAAUUGCCUACGCCACCACAAGGAGAGAGACCUUCACUCUGGGAGCAGAAAUGACACCCCCCGUUGACCCGACCAAUUUGGCGGCGAUGAACGCUAUGCUGCCUCCUCCCACUAACCGGAACGACUUGGGACACGGUCCCUUGGUUAUGGGCGUGAGUUGGACCUUCUCCGCGCUCGCGAUCAUCCUGGUGGGUGUGCGCUUCUGGCUUCGCAUAGGCAUCAUGGCGGCGAAAGUCCAACUGGAAGAUUGGCUCAUGUUACUUGCGACGGUGCUAAAUACGGCCUGUGUAUCGUGUCUGACGGUCGCGUUCCACUAUGGCUUCGGCAAACACGACAAGAGCCUUCUUUUCAGUGAAGCGGUCAACAUUGCAAAAUGGAUCUGGAUGUCCUUCACCCCAGGCAUCACAUGCUCCAUCGCUGCUAGAAUCUCCAUUGCCGUGCUGCUCUGCCGCAUCUUCGGCAUCCAUAAGCGCCUCAAAUGGUUCCUCAUCUUCAUCACCGUCCUCCAAGUCGGCGCCAGUAUAGCGCUAGCAUUGACUAGCUGGCUUCAAAUCCGCCCCGUGCAAGCCCUGUGGAACCCGCGCAUCCCCCACAAAGCCAUCAGCUCCAACGUAGUAGCCCGCCUGGGCAACGUAACGGGCGGCCUCUUCGCACUGGGAGAUCUGGCCUACGUUUUCGGCCCCGUGAUAGCCGUCUCCAAACUCAAUAUGCGACUCCAGCGCAAGAUCGCCAUCGGCACCCUCCUGGCACUCUCCCUCUUCACCAUGGGAUGCUCCAUCGCGAAAUCCGUCGCCGCAAGAUCCGGCACCCAAUCCACAGCCGACAAACAAUACAAAUCGUCGCUCUCCCUCAUGUGGUCAGUGACGGAGCAAACGUUCGUCAUCAUGAUGGGCUGCGCACCCACCCUGGGCUCCCUCACCAAGGUCAAGGCCAUUUCCGACAUGGCUUCGUCGCUCGGCAGUCUGUUCAAGAGUCGCAGGAGCGGCACUGAUGGUAGCGGGCGCAUCACUGGCGACGGUUAUUAUGAGUUGGGCGCUUCGGGCAAGUCGGCGAACGUCUCGGGCGUCCAGAGCGUGGAGACGGGCAAGGUGCGGAGAACAGAUGCUUACACCGUCGAGUACGAGCGGGAGCGGGAGCGCGUGUAA